AUGUUCCACCAGUUGACGGAUCAAACCCUGAAUGGCAGCUGCCAAGGAGCCACAUCCGUGUGCAACAAGAGCGCUGAUGGAGACGCGCUCCAGCUUCCUACUUUCUCCACAGCGGCUAAAGUCAGAGUCAUUAUCACCUUCACUCUGUGCGCCGUGUCAGCUGUCUGUAACUUACUCGUGUUGUGGGCUGCCAGCAACGGCGGCAAGCGCAAAUCUCACGUGAGGAUCCUCAUUAUGAACCUGACGGCUGCGGACCUCUUGGUGACCUUCAUCGUGAUGCCUGUGGACGCGGUGUGGAACAUCACGGUGCAGUGGCAAGCGGGUGACGUCGCCUGCAGGCUGCUCAUGUUUCUGAAGCUGGUGGCGAUGUACUCGUGCGCCUUUGUGACAGUGGUCAUCAGUUUGGACAGACAGUCCGCCAUCCUCAACCCUCUGGGGAUCAGCGAGGCGAAAAGGAAAAGCAAAAUCAUGUUGACUGUAGCCUGGACUAUGAGCGUCAUCCUCUCCCUCCCUCAGAUGUUUAUAUUUCACAGCGUCACCAUCACAGUCCCGGAGAACUUCACCCAGUGUACCACCCAUGGCAGUUUUGUCCAGCAUUGGCAGGAGACUCUCUACAACAUGUUUACCUUUGUGUGCCUCUUCCUUCUGCCUUUGGUCAUCAUGAUUUUUUGUUACACGAGAAUUCUCAUUGAGAUUUCAAGCCGUGUGGCCCGACACAGUUUGGCAUCUAGAGAUGUGCACCUGCGUCGCUCCCACAACAACAUCCCUAAAGCUCGAAUGAGGACUCUCAAGAUGAGCAUCAUCAUCGUGACAUCAUUCAUCAUCUGUUGGACCCCAUACUAUCUACUGGGGCUGUGGUAUUGGUUGUUUCCUGAAAAAAUGGAGGAGACAGUCUCACAUUCAUUGACUCAUAUGCUGUUUAUCUUUGGCCUCUUCAAUGCCUGUCUUGAUCCCAUCACUUAUGGUUUGUUCACCAUUCAUCUCCGCCAGGGUCUGAAUAGGUGCUGUCGAAAUGCAAACACACGGACUGAUUUAGAAAACAACACCUGUCUUCAGAUGACCCGUCUCUCGUCUCGCCAGCAGACUGCCUCAGGUGAGCUCAAUUCAGACAGAGAGGAACAAAAUGACAACAGCACAAAAAGUUGUUCAAGGCCGAUCAUCCCAAUAAGCAAGAUGUAA